AUGUAUGACAAACGGCAAAAAAGAGCUUGGUAUCAUUGGUAUGCCGAAAGUGAUAGUCCUGAGGAGCGGAAACUCAUCCGGAAGCUUGAUCUUCUUAUUGUUCCAUAUGCAUUUCUAGGCUAUUGGAUCAAGUUCAUUGACCAAACAAAUAUCACUAAUGCAUACGUUUCUGGCUUGUCCGAGGAGCUUGGCUUCCACGGUAACCAGUUGGUACAACUUGGCGUAGUCUACACUGUCGGGAGUGUAGUCGGUCAACUUCCUUGCGCGUAUUUAUUCCCGCGUUUUCCAAUGCACUACCUCAUCCCUUCUUUUGAAAUAGGCUGGGGGAUCUUCACCCUUCUGCAAUACCGGGCGCAAGGCUAUUCGGAACUCAUGGCAUAUCGUUUUAUUAUUGGUCUCUUUGAGGCCGUGUACUUUCCAGGAGUCCACUACGUUCUUGGUUCCUGGUACCGUGGUGAUGAGAUCGGUCGCCGCGGCGGUCUGUUUUACGUCGGAUUGACAUUGGGUACCCUUACUGCCGGCCUAAUUCAAAGUGGAACCUCUGCAAAUCUUGACGGUGUCGAUGGCUUGUCAGGUUGGAGAUGGAUGUUCAUCAUCACAGCCCUAAUGACCAUCCCCGUCGGUAUUGCCGGCGUGUUCCUCUGGCCUGGCACACCCGACAAACCAAACCGAUGGUUUUUGACACCCGCCGAAGUUGAGUUAUCCCGCACUCGCUUGAACAAGGGUAUCUCCAAGGACGCAAGCGGUGUCCAUCUCACGACAUGGCAGCGGCUCCAGUAUAUCUUCACUGACUGGAAAAUCUACACGCUUGUUCUUUGGGGCAUUAUCUACUGGAACAUCAACGCAACCUCUUAUGGUGGUUAUCUGCUCUGGUUGAAGAGUUUGAAACGCUACUCCAAAGCCCAGCUCAAUGAAUACGGCUCAACCUCACCAGCCGUGGGGAUCUUUUAUGUGCUUUUCAUCAACUUUGGCUCGGAUCUUUUCCUUGGACGCACGGGUGCUAUUACUCUAUCAUGCACCAUUAACAUUAUUUCCCUCAUAAUUCUAACGAUCUGGAAUGUCCCCGAAGCUGCAAAAUGGGUGGCAUUUAAUAUGCAAUACGCGCAAUUUGGAAUGAGCUCAGUGUUUUAUGGCUGGGUCAACGAUAUCCUUCGGAACGACCCUAAAGAAAGAGCCUUUACACUGGUUCUCGUAAAUGCUAUCUCCCAAAGCACAACUGCCUGGAUACCUCUAUUCACAUUCCCGACAAAAGAAGGGCCAAAGUUCCGAAAGGGAUAUUCGUACGCCCUGGCAAUGUCUGUGGUGUUAAUUCUGUACACCGUGUUGGUUAUAAAACCAUUACAUCGAAGACAGGAGUAA